AUGUCUACACAGGCAGUUGCAUCUUCUAUCCGUGUCCCAUCCCAAAUAGGCAAGUAUCAUGUAUUGAGAACUCUUGGCCGUGGAGGCUUUGCAGUUGUUGUACUUGCUGUUGACACUAAAACUAAGAAGCAAUAUGCUAUUAAAAUAGUCGAUCGCCAAUGCAUGGUGAAGAAGAACAGGCUUCAGUAUUUGGAGAACGAAUUAAGAUUAUCUGCCAGGUUGGAUCAUCCAAAUGUCAUCAAAGUUCAUGAAGUCAUCUACGAAGAAGAUAUAAUUCUUAUUGUUAUGGACUACGUAGAUGGUGGUGACCUCCAAUCACUCAUCUCGCAAGGCAUUCGUUUCAGUGUAGAAGAACAAGUUCGAAUUUCACUUCAGAUCCUCAGUGCUCUCGAAUAUUUACACAAGCGCGGAAUAGCUCACAGAGAUAUUAAGCCAUCCAAUAUACUUUUUGACCGAGACAUGAACCCAGUCUUGAUCGAUUUUGGAUUGGCCAAGGAAAACGCAUCAUCUCUUAGUACUGUUUGCGGAACAUCCUUCUUUAUGCCUCCAGAAGUUAUCUGUGGAACAGACUACGAUGGAACAAAAGGAGAUAUUUGGUCAUUCGGAAUUACACUCCACGUUCUUUGCAGCUUGGAACUUCCUUUCCAGUUCAAUGGUGAUUUCAACUUUAUCAAAUCAAUUUACAACAAUUCUUUAAUCCUAGAAAUCAAGCCACAAGGAUUGAUGGGUUUGGUUAUUAAGAAUUGUCUGACAGUUGAUCCACAGGAAAGACCAACAAGCUCACAAAUCAUGAAAUUCAUUGAAGAUCGUCAGGGAACGUUCCUUGGAAUUAGAAAGACCAAAAUCGAAAAACAGAAUAUCUCCGGAUGCUCCCUUCCAAGACUCAUUUUCAGUGUUAACAAGAACAUUUCCAACAACAGUAAUGGAAAACUCCUUGUCAGAUCAAGAGAAAGAAUUGUCGGACUUGCCCAUAGAGCAAGACCAUUAUCCUGCAACAACCUUGUUUCUCAAUGCGCUUUAUAA